AAAACAAUAUCUAAGAAUUGAAAAAGUUCUCUUCUAAAAUGUUGACCUCCAUCUUGCGAACACCUUCUCAAACUAUUUCCCAAACAGUCGCCAAUUGAUUUGGAUGUUCCCUUUUUGCUGAUCAUUUCCUCACUUCCCAAAACCGUCCUGACUUUGCGGGGAACAUUUUUAUCUUGUCGCCUUCUCCUUUUUAAAAAUGUCUUAAUUUCCCUUACAACGUGUGACCUCAUUAUUCUUAAAACUGACCGUAAGUGUGCGGACUUACCAAGCAUCUUCACAAAUUCACACGACGGUCUCCAUGGAAACCCUCUGUGGGAUCUACCAAGACACAGUUCCUCUCAGAGAAAUUGAGUCUGAAUUGUUCCUACUUUAAAAACAUUUGUUUCCCAUGCGAUCAAAAACCAUCGAUGCUUGACAUGAACGGAGCUUCCUCUUUCAGAAGCAGCAGCUGACAGCAGAUGAGGCUGCCCGGCUCGCCGUGCCCACUGAGUACCGAGGAGCUCCAUGACCAGCAUUUCUGCUGAACAAAGACUGUCACUUGAUCUGAGGGAUUUAAAAAAAAUGUUAACCUCAAAAGUGAAACCCUGCCUUGAUGUCACCGAGGCUGUUUCCUGUCAUUUUGACACAUUUACAUUCAAGAUGAGUCAGAUAAGGUCAUCUUAAAAUAGGUGAUUUCUUUUUCUAAUCAGCCCAAGUAUUUGUAGUCAGUGUCAUUACCCCAAUGGAAAGCGGAGUAGAAGGCUUUCUGGCCUCUCUGCUGUCAGGGAAGACAUUACUAAGUGUUCAACCACAGAAGGCACACAAGCACUGUUGAAUACAGGAAGUGCUAAUCAACCGCCUGCCUUCCUUUCAGCAGCUUUUGGUGGAUAAGCAGCGUCGCGGGUUUGCGUCGCUGGACCCUAACAGGGUUUCUUCACAGCCAUACGUCAGGAGUCCACGGCACGAUGGGAAGCUGCGACGGCUUGUCAUCGUCUCCAAACAGAGGAGGGUACGUCAGCUGGAGCGUGGACUCAGGAGAGUCCCGGCAACCUUCAACCGGACCUCCGCCAGGCACAGGAGAAAAAGAGGCUUUUUCUAACCAGAGCCAGGAGUCGACCAAUUCAGGUUGCGUCCCAUCUCUGGUUCAGUCAACACAAGAACCCAGUGGAGAAGAAACAAAUACGGCGUUCGACCUUCCGUACCCACGGAAACAACUCACAAGGAGGAAAUGCACCAAAACCUCCAAAAAUUCCAGACAAAUCCCAGGGAACAGCAAGCUCAGAGACCAUGAUAGGAACUCCAAACUUCCACGAGACGCUAUGGAAAAUGAGGAGGAACCUUCCCAUUCCAAGGAUGAAAACGUUCCCCUACACAGGAGCAGUCCAGUCAUCUCCAGACGCAGCAAGCCCAUCUCCUGGCAGGAAAAGGCAACCAGUCCGUCUAAUUCAUUAAGCAUGGACUCUUCCCCUCGUUCCCCCGGUUCACGUGACCAGCCUGAGUGUGUGACACCUACCAGUAAGGAGGACGUGGAGCCCCGGCUGACUUCCUGUCACCAAUCGUUCGAAACCACGGUGGAGGAUAAGAACCUGCGUGUUUCUCUAUCGUCAAGCCCGAUCAGCAUCCUGAGUAGCCAGGACCGAUCCAGCAGAAGCCCUCAGCGAUCUGAGAAGGAGCACCGGGGAUGGAGCCUAAACAGCUGGAGUACCCCCAACAGAACAGGCCACUCCUCCUCAACGCCUCACAGCAAAGACAGAAGCUGCUCUGAACUCCUGGAUUUACCUCCAGACAUCUUUAAGACCAGCUGUGAGCUGGAAAAGGAGAACGCUCAUUUGGUCGUGGUAGACAUGAUGCUGGAGGUUCUGGAAGGCGUCAAAUGGACCCUGAGCUUCGACUCCAUGAUGUAUAAACACUGCGUUGUGUGCACAAAGAGGCAGCCGAGCUCUGAGGGGCGCAGCCCGGCGCGCACUCACGGUUCCAACACUUGCGGCUGGACCGCUCCGCAGCGCAGGCCUCUACGGGACGACACGAGGCCGCCGCGGACGGACUGGGGCGCGGAUCCACAGGAGCCACUGGCCAGUCACAAUGAACAUCAAACCAAGAGUCCGUCGAUCCUUUCUACUGACAGCGGGUUUGAAGACUGUGGGGUCGGCACAAUGCCACCAGAUUUGAUCAGAAACAGUGCAGAGUGUCUGGCCCAGCAGCUGGUGCUGGAGUUCAAAAGGAAGUGGCUUCCUUCCCACGUGCAUCGGCGAGGACGGCAGAGCCUCCGCAGUUCACUGCAAGAGUUACCAGGUACUGGGGGUGUGGAGGUAAAGACUGGGAGUUUAACGGAGGAGAUCCGACUCAGGACCAGGAUGAGAGGAUCCCUUAACUGGGCGCCGCCGAGUUCCCAGAUCAUUUUCUCUGUCCAGCCGCAACACAGACGGAGCGAGGUGGUAGCCUUACAACACUACCUGUGUGCGGGCUGCGGGACAGAGGUGGAGCCCAGAUACAUCAAGAAACUGCGGCACUGUGAAUAUCUGGGAAGAUAUUUCUGUGACUGUUGCCACAGUGGAUCAGAGGCUGUUAUUCCGGGUCGAGUUCUGUCCAACUGGGACUUUAGCAGGUAUUCUGUGAGCGACUUCUCCAAGCAGCUGCUGGACUCGGUCUGGUCUCAGCCUCUGUUCGACCUCAGCUCUGUGGGAAAGGCUCUGUGGAGCAAAGUGAAAGACCUGGACAGGUUCAGGGAGCUGAGGGAGCAGCUGAUCGGAAUCAGGAAGCUGCUGAAAGCCUGCAGAUUAUCUGAAAGGGUGUUGGCCGAGUUUGAGCCACUUCCUGCUCACCUGCUGGACGAGCCUCUGCUCUUCUCCAUGGAAGACCUCUACAGAGUGAAGAAGGGUCAGCUGGUGGCGCAGGCCCGAGCGCUGCUCAACUCGGCUCUGGAGCACGUCGACAACUGUGAGCUGUGUAGGGGCCGCGGCUUCAUCUGCGAGUUCUGUCGAGCGAAGGACAUCAUCUUUCCUUUUCAGAAAGACAAAAGCCAGCGAUGUCCAGUGUGCAAGGCCUGCUUUCACAAAGACUGUUUCCUGGGGAAAAGGUGUCCGAAAUGCACACGGAUCCAGUCCCGAACACAAGUCCAGAUGAAGUCAUGAAGUCUGGAAUGUUAUCCUAAGACAGUGCUGUCGCCUUUAUCAGUGUUACACUUUGAAACGUUGCACUUAAAAAUCUUUUUGCAGCUGUAAUUUGCUGUCUUUUGAAAUACUAAUGUUUAUUUAUUUACCCUAAAACUAGCGAGUUCCUUCUUCUAAAUUGUUGUCACAUUUUUUUUUCAAUUAAUAUUAAACAUUUGAGACAA